GGUUCGGUUCGGUUCGGUUCGCCAUGGAGCGGGACCGCGGGCUCCGGGCUUCCUGCACCGAGAAGGCACCGCGGAAGAAGCGCCGUGCGUCCCCUCUGCCGGGGGCGGCCGUUCUCCCGGGCAGCCGGGCUAGCGGCUCCCAGGAGUGUCGGCGGCGCCUGUUCGGGAGCGCGGGGCCCCGCGGGCCCGAGUCCGCCUCCCUGAAGAAAAAGUUCAGUGGAAAAAACCUACCAAAAAUUAAAGAAAAUAUGGAACUUACYGAAGAGAGCUCUUCACAAAACCAAAGCAAUCAAGUGAAGGUCAGAGAAACAGCAGAUUUGGAGAAAAAAGAAGAGGAACCAGAAGAAAGUGUACCAAAGAAGAAAUCCAAAAUAAUCAACUUUGGAAGUAAAGGAAGUUUUAAAAMUGCUGAAGUGAAUUCAAGUACAGAAAUGACUCUUCCCACAGGUGUUUCAACCUUUCUUAUAGAGUGUUUAGAUGAAAAUUCAGCUUCACAGUAUAACAUGACUAGUGACAGCCUGGAUAGUUAUUCAUCCCCUGAAACAUUCAGAGAUGAUGAUUCAGAAAAAUGCCAUUUUUACUCUUUGGAUCCUGUCAAGUACAAGAAUUCUACUCUCCUGGACUCCAGCAAAGCAGUGACCAUYGAUAAGAUACCACAGAUCUCAAAUCUUUCCGCAAUACAAGAACCUGUACCAGAAGAUUGUCCAGACCGAUUCAUUACAAGAAAGGGACCAUCAAAUUCUAAUURCAGUUCUUCAGCAUUAAGCGUUUCAACUACUCUGGCAGGAAAAAAACUCUGUAAAAUAACAGCUGCAAGAGAGAGAACUCCAGACCUAAAAACUGGUAUACGCUGUUCUUCACCGUUAGGACCGGAAAGCAAGCAUGAUAAUCAAGCAGCUAAAGCCAAAAAGCUGAAGAAAAAAAAGAGUUGUAAUAGCUUAGAAGGAGGUUCAUCAUCGUUUAGGCAGCUUGAURCCUCAGGAAACACUUCAGCCAGAUCAAAGAGGUUGACAGCAGAARUUCUGCGGAGCAAACGGACAGAUGCUGUGGUGAUGACUUCCACCAUGCUAAUCAUAGAGGAAAGUAAAGUCCUAAAAAAUCCUGGUCAUCCUCAGCUUCUAGAGCUAGAUCCUCUGUAUGACAAGGAAAUCUGCUCCAUUGUUAGAUUGUCACCAGGCCGGAGGCUUUCCAGGYCUCGGCAAGUUCCAGCUAAGAAGAAAGAGUUCUGCAUUCCCAAAAGAGUGCCUGAAGAUAGUAUUACAAGUACCAAAAACUGGAUCUACGGUAAACAGAGAUGAGAUUUUUGGCUCUCAGCAGGAGUUACCAGAAGAAAUGACGGUCUUGCUGCUGCUGUGGCAGGCUGGUAAAACGGAACUCCUAACUAUUGUUAAAUGGUUGUAUUUUUUCUUUGUUUGCAUAUAUGUUGUUUGAAAUUCAGUAUUACAUGUUUCUGUAAGCUAGUAAAUACUCMUACUUCAUAUUAAAUUACUUUGCACAGCAACUAGAUCCUGUUCUGGGCAUUGUUCUGUAAGGAUUCCAUAAAGAUAAUUCUUCAGUUUGUUCAGAUUUUUAAAAGGUGUGACUGAAGAACAGCAGACCAAAUAGAAUAAUGGAAUUACUUUUGGCCCUUACUCUACCAGGAUUUUCUGUAGUAGCAUUAGUAUCUGAAGAUGUGCUCUCUUUAGAUACCAGUGUUAACAGUGAAGGUAACUGCAUGUCCUGGAAGUGGCUAUGAAAGUAUUCAUGUACCCCGGGAACCCAGAAGUCAAUAGUAUGCCACCAUUAAACUCCUUGAAUGCUUAGGUCUGCAGAACUUUGGAGCUACA